UGUCUAGAAGUAAAAGGUAAUUUUGUUGCAACUUGUAAGUAGAUGCGAACCAUUUAUCGUUUUUAUUUCUAAAUAAUACAAACGCAAAAGAAAACACUUCAAAUCGAAGGGAGAUGUUCUUGGAGAAUUUCUCAAAAUUAUUGAGUGAAUGUGUAUGGAAAUGAAUUUACAGACUUUAUUUCAAGAUUUUAAUCCGAGCAAAUUUGUUGUUCAUACUUGUUUACUGAUAUUUACUGCGUUACUGGCUUUAAAAUUAGACAAUACCAUAACAUGGUCCUACUGGGCUGUAUUUACACCAAUAUGGAUUUGGAAGUUUCUUGUAGUUCUUGGUGCUACGGUGGGUACAUAUGUUUGGUGGCAAUAUCCUCAUUUCAGAUUAGAAGGUGAAGCCUACAUUCACUACAAGGCAAUGCUGAUAAGCCUGGCCAUUCAUUUAAUAUUGCUCAUGUUUGAAUUACUUGUAUGUGACCAGCUUACAACAUAUCGCCAUGUCUGGAUUCUAGUUUUCAUACCAUUAAUCUUUAUAAGCAUAGUCUCAAUUGCCAUCUGUAUAUGGUGUGUUAAACAUGAUCGCAGUUAUGAGCUGGAAUUAUUUUGUGCUGUUAAUAUUCUCCAAUUUAUAUUUUUGGCAUUGAAAUUAGAUGAAUUCAUCAACUGGUCAUGGGAAGUUGUUUUUGUCCCACUCUGGAUAUUGAUGUGCCUGAGUUUAGUAGGUGUAUUAUACAGUAUAGUGUUUGCGGGAAUCUUGCUCCGGGCACCAGAAGUUAAUAUUCAACAGCGUAGAACGAGUUUUAACUCGGCACUAGCAUAUACUUUCACCGUUGUGCCGAUUUUGGUCUUUCAGGUACUGUUAACGAACAAGUUGGACGAUGGCUUAUCCCUCUCGUACAUCGUGGUCGUCAGUCCCCUGUUCGUCACAUACGCGACACUUAUUAUUAUGUCGUUCAGUUCGAAAGGUGGAAACAAAUGGUGGUUCGGUAUACGAAAAGACUUCUGUCAAUUUCUACUGUCGGUAUUCCCGUUACUGCAAGAGUACGCAAACAUAGCCUACAAUAACAACGUGAACCGCGGCUCGAACGGCAUUCCAGCCGAACCUCCGAUAAAUCAGGAACCGUACAGGGACGACGCUAAAAAAGUUCGCGAAAGUAAAAAAUCCCAUAAAAACCAAAAGAAAAACGAAGCCAUGAAACCAGUUGUACCAGUGACCAGUAUAGAUAUGCCCGAUUGACGUUAUCCCAUCCCCCCCCCACACUCCUUCAAUUGUUGUCAAACGUGUGUUCAAUUUCUUGUAACUUGUAAAUAAUAAAGCUUGUAGAGAAGCAAUACGAUUGUUAAGUUUGUAGCGCCGUUAAUUAGAUUAGGUAGGCUAGAUUGGUUUGGAAUUACAUUGGUGUAAGAAUUUUUGGGCUUUACUACAGGGGUGGCACAUGUUUGAUAUAAAUACUAUGUGUAUUCGCGAAUUAACUAAAGUUUGGGCCAACAACAAUACAAAUAGAGGCCUAAUAUCAAAGUUUCUUCCGAGAAACGUAUACUGUUUUGUUAUUUCGUCGUUUUAUAUAUCACAUCUGACAAAAACACUGAACUUGCGAUAGGACGGCACAAAAAAAAAUCAAAUAAAAAUUAUAUUUUGAAAAGUAAGAAGAUUAUGUAUUUUGAUAAUAACGUUUUUUGUUUAAACGCAAUUUGAAAAUAAAUAAAAUGUAUAGUAACAAAAAUGCAUAGAGACAAGGACAAAAAAAAAAGAAAUUUCUAUCCAUGUUCUUAUGUAUAUAUUUAUAUACUACCCACUUACUUUAUUGUCGAUAUUACAUAUAGAUAGGCUAGAUGGUAGUCAAGCGCUUCCCUAUCACUCAAUAAAAAAAAAAA